AUGGCUACACAAAUUCUCUUCCUUUCCCUUGUGCUCCUUUCUGCUUUUCCUCUCUCUUUCUGUCAAUUCAAUUCCCAGCAAAAUAUUCAGACCUUCUAUCCAUUUCCACUUCCUCCAGUUGGCCAGACACCACCUUCUCCUCAAACAAAAUCUACCUCCCCUCCACCACCGCCAACGCGUCCAGCGCCACCGCUACAGCCACCAAAGUCGUCAUCAAAAGGGGCUGUAGCUAAGGCUGUCGGUGUGACCGCGGCAAGCACGUUAGUACUGUCCGCUCUCUUCUUCUUUUUGGUAUACAUGAUGUUCUCGCGACGGAAGAAGGAGAAACCGCCCAAUCCUUACAGUUAUAGCAGAAACAAACUGGGGGCUCCAAAGGAAUUCACGCGAUUCAGUGGGAAACUCAAAGGAGUGAUAGUCGAUGAGGACGGCUUGGAUGUGCUUUAUUGGAGGAAUCUGCAAGGGGAAAAUGUCAAAGACAGUUUUAGUAGAGAGGUGUCCGAAAAAAAGGAAGAAAAACGGGCGAUUAGUCCAGAGGAAAGGCGCCAGAAAUCGCAACUUGGGAUACAAGAGGUACCUCUCCCUCGCGAAAAAUCGUCAUCUUCCCAUCAAUUUCGGUCCGAAGGGGAAACUAGGAAUCCUGGUUCGUCAAUUCAAGCUAUAUCGCGCUCUCCACCACCACCACCACCACCACCCCCGCCUCCACUACCAGUAUUGCCUAUACCCAAAAGGAAAAGUGGUGCACCGCCGCCUCCCCCUCCACCAAUUCCAUCAAAAGAAUCUCCAGCGCCUCCGCCAGGACCACCACCACCGGCAAAAGGAAUCCCGAGCAAAAAUAUAACAGGUGAAUCUUCAAAUACAGGAGGUGAUGGGAAUGGACAAGUGAAACUUAAGCCCUUACACUGGGAUAAGGUGAACCUGAAUGUUGAUCAUUCAAUGGUUUGGGACAAAAUUGAAGGUGGCUCAUUCAGGUUUGAUGACGAUCUUAUGGAAGCGCUCUUCGGAAACGUUGCAAGCAACCGAAAAUCCCCUAGAAAAAAAAGCAACACAUUGAGUCCAAAUAGUGAAAGACCAAAUCCGCCCCCUCAGGUUUUCAUCCUUGAUGCCCGAAAGUCCCAAAACACGGCAAUUGUGCUCCGGUCCCUAGCCGUUUCUAGAAAAGAAAUCGUUGAUGCACUCACUGAAGGCCACAGUCUAGACAACGAUACGCUGGAAAAGCUGACCAGAAUAGCCCCCACAAAGGAAGAAGAAUCCCAAAUCGUUGCGUUUGAUGGGGACCCAACAAGACUCGCCGAUGCUGAAUCCUUCCUCUUCCACCUCCUCAGGAUAGUUCCUUCGGCUUUCACUCGCUUCAAAGCCUUGCUUUUUAGGUCGAACUAUGACUCAGAGAUCCUCCACCUCAAGGAACUCUUACAAACGCUUGAAACGGGGUGCAAAGAGCUUAGGACUCGCGGACUCUUCUUGAAACUUCUAGAAGCCAUUCUAAAGGCUGGAAAUCGCAUGAAUGCCGGAACAUCCAGAGGGAAUGCACAAGGUUUCAGCCUCAGUUCCCUUAGAAAGCUCUCUGAUGUUAAAAGCACAGAUGGGAAAACUACUCUACUUCACUUUGUUGUAGAAGGAGUGGUCAGAGCCGAGGGGAAACGUUGCGCUGCCAAUACAAAUCAAAGCUUAAGUCGCAGCAAUGGUAGCAAAAAAACAUCCGAGGAUUCGACAACAGAAGAAGAUUCAGAGAGGGAAUACAAAUCGCUGGGGUUACCGAUUGUGGGCGGCCUUAGUGCUGAGUUUUCCAAUGUGAAGAAAUCAGCAACAAUAGACUACGAUUCCUUUGCCAAAUCCUCCUCGGUCAUAGAAGCCCAAAUCGCCGAAAUUGUACAAGCUUUGACGCGAUGCGGGGAUGCAGACGGAGGGAGUUUUUUGAGAGAGAUGAAAAGUUUCCUUGGAGAGGCAGCACUAGAAGUAAAGAAAGUGAAAGAAGAGCAAGUAAGAGUGAUGGCGCUCGUGAAGAGAACAACGGAGUACUACCAACCGGGGGCUUCGAAGGAGAAGGAGAAACAUCCACUUCAACUGUUUGUGAUAGUCAAGGAUUUCUUGGACAUGGUUGAUCAAGCCUGUAUCGAUAUCUCUAGAACCCUGCAGAAGAAGAGAAGUGCAACCGCGAAUGUUGGAUCGUCGUCCUCAUCGUCAUCGCCACCGAUGAUUUCCGUGAGGUUUCCUGUUUUACCGGAUCAUUUUUUGUCGGAUAAGUCGAAGAGCAGUUCUAGUGAUUCAGAUGAUGAUUGAUAGACAGGCCUGGAUUUGUACAGGGGUGAAGAUAGAAGAUAGAGUGGAAGGUAGAUAAUUGUAACUUGAGAGAUUAAAACCUGUUCAUUCUUUUCAAAAUUGUAGAAAUUACCCAAAAAAAAAAUUUAUUGUACUUUAGUAUCUCGGAGAUCAAUUUAGUUUAGUUGCUUUUUCUUGA